GGAUGGAGGAGGCCCGGUGGCGGGGCGGCCGGCCCACCCCCUGCAGCAGGCCUCUCGGCACCCCGCUCUCCGGGGCCGGGGGCAUCCGCCGCAAGCCCCGGCUGUCGCAACUCUGCUGCCUCCGGCCUCCGCUUCCCUCCAUCCCCGCGCUCGAGCCUCCGACCCUCCCUGCCCUCUCCUCCCGCCGGAGAGGCCUGUAACGCGGGCCCAGACCCGUUAGGCGGUUGCUUGCUGACCGAGCACUUUUUCCCUCCCCCUUUGGUUGAAAAAUUUCAACUCUGUACAAACUUCUCGGUUUCCUCCCGUGUGUUCGGAAACCCGCAGACUGUCACGACUCCGGAGGGAUUAUUUCUUGGAGGGCCGUGCAGGCCCAGCGAGGCUGGUGAUUUGCCCAAGGUCAACCAACUGCUUAAAAUGCCAGAUUUUCUCAGGUGUAGAAUGAGCCAAGGGGACUCCAACCCAGCAGCCGUCCCACACGCCGCGGAAGACAUUCAAGGCGAUGACAGAUGGAUGUCUCAGCACAACAGAUUCGUCCUGGACUGUAAAGACAAGGAGCCCGACGUGCUCUUCGUGGGGGACUCCAUGGUGCAGCUCAUGCAGCAGUACGAGAUAUGGCGAGAGCUCUUUUCCCCGCUUCAUGCACUGAAUUUUGGAAUUGGGGGAGACACAACCAGACAUGUGUUGUGGAGACUGAAGAAUGGAGAGCUGGAGAACAUUAAACCGAAGGUCAUUGUUGUCUGGGUAGGAACAAACAACCAUGAGAACACGGCGGAGCAGGUGGCGGGUGGGAUCGAGGCCAUCGUGCAGCUUAUCAACACGAGGCAGCCGCAGGCCAAGGUCAUCGUGCUGGGUUUGUUACCUCGAGGUGAAAAGCCCAACCCUUUGAGGCAAAAGAACGCCAAGGUGAACCAGCUCCUCAAGGUCUCCCUGCCGAAGCUUGCCAACGUGCAGCUCCUGGAUACGGACGGGGGCUUCGUGCACUCGGACGGCGCCAUCUCCUGCCACGACAUGUUUGAUUUUCUGCAUCUCACGGGAGGGGGCUACGCGAAAAUCUGCAAACCCCUGCACGAACUGAUCAUGCAGCUGUUGGAGGAGACCCCCGAGGAGAAGCAGACCACCAUCGCCUGACCGGCUCGCGGCCGCGCGGAUGGCACCCGGCUUGCUCAGAUCAGCUGUAUCUCUGGCACUACAGAAUCCUUCUCUGUCUUAAGGCACUUUGCGUUGUAGAAUGUUCCUGGAUGUUCAUAUCUAGUGUUUGAAGGGAGGAGGGAUUUAAACUGGUCCUGUACAUAGAAGGUUUGCUUGACACAGGAGAAAAAUUAGCCGAGGAAGAUUGUUGUUUGAAUUCAUUUGAAACCAGAAGGGGACUUUUUAGUUGUAUGUGUGACAUUUUCAUUGUAUUAUCACUGUUUUUCCUAGGACAACAUCAAGCCUAAGUACUGAACAAAAUGAAGAUUCUUUUUCUUGGCCUUUCUUUGUAUGGAUUAUGUCAUAUAUACUAAUGAUCAGGAUCACACCUACUUGGCUUUAAAACAGAUGUUUUUUCCAGUUUUUAAGGUUCAUAAUUUAGCCUUUUGUUUUUAGUUUGUUUUACUCAUACGUGUUUGCAACCUUUUUAUUAACUCACAGCAUCAGAUUGUCAUGCUUGUCAUUCACAUCUGGGAGAUGCUCUGGUUACAAGGGAAUGUGCCCCACUCUCCUGAUCUUGCCCGUGGUUAGCAGUGGGAGAUAGGUUCUGCCCCACCCGGGGACUCUGCGGAGGCUAUUAUUUUUAUGCUGCUGAAUCUCAUGUCUGUAAUAGACCCAUGCGUGCAGCCUUUCCUCUCUAUUUCCUCUCAUCCCCUCUUUUUUUGGGGGGGCGGUCCUUGUUGACAUUACAAGCUUUUACCACGUUGUUGACCUGGGAGCUUUGUUGCCUGCAGUGGGAGUCCCCAGUCACUCACCCUCAUGACAGUAGUGCCGAUGUGCAACCCGCCCUUGCGUGGUGUCCUGGGCAUAGGGUCUGUGACGUGCUCUCCGUGUGCAGAGUUCUGUUUGGUUUGGUUUGUUUUCUGUAAAAUAUGUUACAGUUUCCAUUUUUGAAAAAAAAUCAGAACUGUUUUCCAUUCCAUAAGCCUUGACAUUAUUUCAAGUUUUAUAGUAUCUUAAGAUGUAUAUUUUAUUUUUUUAUUGGCUUAGUUUUAAAAUUAUAUCAGUCCAGAAAAAUUUGGCCUUUUCUUACAGGCAAACAGAUGGAGCUACUCUUCAGAACAGACAUUUCUGCCUUGAUCUCGCCAUUUUAGUGAAAAAGGAUGAGGUUUGUUUAACUUUCUGGUUUUCUCCUUAGUGUAUUUUCACCUGAAAAUUUCUUCCAAGAGAGCUCUUUAUAAUCUGAAUGGUCGGCUUGAGCUACGAGAGAACUGCCAUUUAAAACAGUGGGAGAGCUCACGGUUUCUUGUCCAUGUGCCUGGGGAGCGCGCACAGGCGAGGAGCGCGCACAGGUGGGGAGUGCGCACAGACCGGAUCGACAGACAGGUGCUCCUCCUGGACCAGGUGGGUGCCCAGGGAGCUAUUAAAACGCGCUCUCCACGGAUCCUGCUUACUGUUCAAGUUCAGUGACGAAGGCCAGCGAUGCUCUGUGUGCGAGGCAGAUGCUUCUGUUAGUCGGAGGGGGUCGGCGAUCUGAGCGUGGAGCCUCUUGUGAUUGAGAAGGAUAAAACUUGGGCUGAUGUUUUUCUUGUGAAGCUUCUUUAUAGGAAUUUUUUUUAAUCUUUUUUUUUAAUUUUUAUUUCUGAAUGUAUCAUGUCUUCACUAACAACUGAAAGCACAUGUGAUGUAUACUAGACUCCUUUCCCACAUGAAAGUCCCCUCUCUGUUUUUAGUAGCCCAGAUUCUUGAGUUUUUCAGGGCAGGUUCUUUCUCAGCUGAGGCGUUGUUCUAAGGAGGAGACUUACUAAAGCCAGAAGUCUGUGUGUGAAGAGA